GUAGAUAAUCGCUGGUCGGGUGGGCUAAACCAUCUGAAGGAGCGAAGUGGAAGCUGGCCGCCUGAUCGCCUUACGUAACAGCUUUGUGGAAGGACCGCAGACGAGGGAUCUGCUCAGUCAAAGCAAGAAAACGCAGGUGUCUUUUUGCUCAGUAUGAUUAUUGAGGACAUCGUCUUUGAUCUGAAGUGAGAUGAGUCAGGGGGAAAGUGCUGGUUCCAUCCUCCACUCAGGAAAGCCGGACCUUUUCACUAUUCCAGACAAAGACAGGAAUGACCGCCACACAGAUUGUGUUCAAGGGUUCCUGCAGGAUGAGCAGGAUUUCCGCUCUCCUCCGCCCUUUGAGAAGGAAUACCUGCUGGACGGAAGAUUGAUGGAAAAUAACCACGUCGCUCACCAGGAGGAUAGCGGCUCAUACAUCCAGAAAGCUGACCAAUGUCUCCUCCGCAGUAACGCUGAUCCGACACAUUCUGAGAUGUCCGGCCGCACCGAUGGUACGCCACAAAACAGUGAAAUCCACAAUGGAGGAAAAGUGCCGUUUAGUGGAGAAAUGUGCCUGUCCAGCCGAGCUGAACAAGAAACUGAUCUUCAAUCGAGCCUUAAACGCAAUGACAGCAGGCAGGAAGCUGAGGGCGCACAAGCUGAGCCGGAUUUAGUCAUUGAAGUAGGCGGGCAGACCAUCAACGCGCACAAGGCUGUCCUGGCAGAGAAGAGCGACUACUUCAAAGCACGUCUCUCCCGCAGUGUCCUGAAAGUGAAGGGCGUUAGUUACAAGACUAUGUCUACUUUGAUAGACUAUGUUUACACCUCUCAGAUCAGCGUGAGCAAGAACAACGUUGUGGACGUCAUCACAGGGGCAAAAAUCCUCCAGAUCCACUGUGCCGUCCAGGCAGCUAUAGACUCCAUGUCAGAGCAGAUCACCGCAGAGAACUGCUAUGAGAUCCUGACCAUUGCGAAGAAGCAGCGACUCAGUGAGCUGAAGGAAACGGCGUACGGAUUCAUGAGCAAUAACUUCCUCCAGAUCCUCAAAGACCCGGCCGUCUACGGGCGUCUCACUGGGUCAGAGAGGGACCUGAUCCUGAAGAAGAGAACUGAGGGCAGGAAAGUUCUAAUGGUUGCAGAAGUAAAUGACGUGUUUGACCGUGUCGGAAGUCGGCCCCCCAGUCGCUGUGGCAGCCGUCCACAGAGCCCCUUAUCAGUUGGUUCAUUGGAGGAGAACCACAUGAUCUACUUCUAUAAUGAAGCAGAGCAGGACUGGCAGUCUUUGACUGUAAUGCCCGAAGACAUAAACACUAAAGGGUGUGGAAUCUGCACCAUGUACAACUACUUGUUCAUUGCAGGGGGGAUAAAGGGAGAUAAGGGCAAAGUUUCAGACAAGGUCUUCUGUUACAACCCCAUCACUAACCGUUGGGCGGAGAUCCGACCGAUGAACCAGGCACGUGCACAGCUCAAGCUUGUGUCAAUGGACGGCUUCCUCUACGCAAUCGGAGGAGAAUGUUUGUUUACCGUGGAAAAAUACGACCCACGCAUGGACCGCUGGACAACAGUGGCUCCCUUGCCCAAGGGAGCCUUUGCAGUGGCCCACGAAGCCACCACGUGCAGCGGCGAACUCUACGUUUCAGGGGGCUCUCUCUUCUACCGUCUCCUCAAAUACGACCCAAAGAGAGAUGAGUGGCAGGAGUGUCCGUACAACAACAGCAGGAAGAAGUCGUCUGACAUGGUCGCCCUGAAAAGCUUCAUCUACCGCUUUGACGUGAACCGCGAGCAGGGCAUCAACGUCUUCAAGUACAACACCAUCGUGAAGAUGUGGCACGACUGCAUGUCGCAGAGGCUUGGCAACCACCUCCCCUUCAGGUGUGCUGUGAUUGGAAACUGCAUCUACUGCGUGAACAGGAGCCAAACUCUUCAGUUUGUGGUGGAGGAGGAAAACGCCUAUUUCGUCGAGGAGACUUUAGGAGCCCCCCUGGACGCCAAGGGCAUUCUCUUUCCUUUUGUUCUCAGCUUGCCUGAAAAGCCUGAAAAAGUCAAAUAAUGCGUGUUUAGUCCAGAAUUACACAAUAAUUGUGGUUUAGCCAAAUCGCAAUAAGCAGAAGACCUUCUAUACUCUUCAAUGUCAGCUCUUAACUCGUCUCAUUGACUGCUUGCAAUGGAAUGUGUGCAUUUGCAUGGCUAUUUAAUGCAUCUACAGGGUUCAACCUUAAUUUAAUUUUAAUGUUAAAUAAUGUGUCUGUAAUAAUAAUGACAUGAUGAAAGUGAUUCAAUUUAGUGUUCAUAUAUUUGUUCAGUGCCCCUCUAUUACUAGAAAAGAAGAACAGUCCGUUCUAAGUGGACAUACGUUGAUUUUGGUAAAAAAAAAUAAAUAAAUAAUUCAAUAAAUAGAAAUAGUAAAGUUUUGUAUUGCAGGUUCUAUGCAAAUGAAUGCAGGUGGUCCUCAUCUAAUGCUACGGUCACAAAUACAACUGCCACCGCGCUAUGGGGAGGCAUUAGAAGAAUUUCUAAAUUUAAUGCUGCCGGCUCUUUUUUUUUGGUCUUGAAUGUAGGUGGCAGCAGUCAGGCGUUGGGGAUGAAGACAAUACAAAUUUGGGCUACAUCUGGGGAAUUACAAGGCUGGAGCACCCAGACAGACAACUCUCAUUGGACAUUGUGUAAAUUUCUCCGAAAGCGGCUGCCCAUAUCAAGUGCCACCAGGGGUAUAUAAAAGUGGGCCAUUUUGUAACUCUGGUCAUUUGCAACUCAGAUUUUGAGCACACCUUUAUAUAAUCUUAUAAAUUAAACAUUUUUUAGAUGACAUGCCUCCCAUCAAAGCACAAUGUUCUGUCUUUUUUGUAUUCUUCUCAGCAUCAGCUGCAAUUUGUCAAUAUGGAGGUCUUUAAGUCGCUGUUGUACUUUCAACACCAUAAUGAGUUUUUUGCAGCAUCAAUGCUGUCUCCCUAUUUGAACCCACAGUGGCUGCUAAAAAACUUCCAUUUAUGUCGCAGUGCGGUGGCAUUUUGCGAUAUGUGACCGUAGUUUAGCUGUAUUUAGUUGUUAUUAUUAGGGCUUACACACUUACAGGGCUUUCUGUAUCUUCUAACUUAAGAACCUAAUUUGUGUUCAAACCAAAAAACCAUAAUCAUCAUGACAUGUCCCGCUCUGGCUCGCCUACAUAGUCGUAAAUGGGGCUGAUUCGCUGGAAAACACGUCUGCAAGUGCAAUCUGACCGGAAGUCGGUGCUGCUUUAGAUUCAGCCUUAAAUGAUGAAGAUCCAUUUCAAUCAUCUAUGGGUUCUAAUCCACUUAGACAUUUUUAUGUAGAUUUAUUCAAUUUUAUGUAUUUCUAACAUUUCAGAUGCUAUUUUUAAUGAAGUAUUUUGUACAAAACAACUAAAAAAACACCACAAGACAUAACAAGUUGGUCAGUUCUACAAUUAGAGCAAAAAUGAACAAGUAUGAUAUAAAAAGGACCUAAACUUAGUACGGUUUUAAAAGAAAUGAGAAUUUACUUAAAACAUAAAGUGUCCUUCUCCUUUUUUAGCUGUUUACCUGCAGUCUAGCUAUAGAUUCCGGGUGACCAAAGUGCUCCACAAACAAACUUCUGUUUAAGUAAUAACACUAACAGGUCAUGAUCUCGUUGCAUUAGUACACAUUCAUAAAACAGUUUCUUUAUUUUUGUUUUAUACAGCAGCAGUCUGUAUGUGUGUUGCUGCGAUAGCUCCGUGGGAGUUUGGUUUGAAAGCUCUAUUCUUGGAACAACUGGUUCUUGUUUGCAUAGGCGUUGAUCUGAUUCAGGUUACAUCGAUGUGGUUUGGAUAUUUUGCUGGCUGGCAUCUGUAUUGCUGUGAGCUUUUUUUUUUGUCUGAGCUUUGAUUCAAGUGGGAACCUGCUGCUGUGAUGCUCCCCAGUAAUGCAAUGCAAGCUCAUAGCUUCCUGUUUGUGGUAUUUGGAGUGAGCUCUUGAAUGAACCGCUGGACCAUACCAGUCAAAAAGUGCUUCAAAUAAAAUAUUCCAUGUAUCAAAUGUG